AUUUUCUCGUAAUCGUCGUUCGAAUAAAUGACACGCAAUAGCGAGGAACCAAUAAAAAACGACGCGCAAAUACAGGAGUUUUAUAAAUUAAGUGCAUAACAUAAAAACGAUUUCGUCUAAUUUGAUUGUUUCAUUUCUCGAAAUUAUAUGGUUUUGCAAUAGUACAGUAUAGCGCGCAAAAUUGAUUGUUUUGAUGUCGCACGGAGGCAUGACCACGGCGUGACUUCCAUGCCCUGCGUUUCUACGGAAGGGCGUGCGGAUUACGUUUACUAUGAAUGAUUUUAUCUCUUUCUAAACUCGUGUAUCUGUGAAUGACCGAGUGUAAUAGCGAGCGUACCAAAUUAUGGAUUGAAAAGCGUUUGUUGUUGUAUUUUGAUAUUUGCACCGCAUUGCUGCGGAGUUAUUGCCGUUAUCUCGUUCGUGGAUCGUAGUGGUUUGAUUUAAGCAGUCAUAUGGCGCCUGCAAGACUUGUCCGAACGCGAAUUAGUUACGCAGUUCGAUUUGUCGAGCGCUUUACUAUUUACGCACUAUUGAAAAGAGAUAGUACGUAUUUUUAGUCGCGUCGACGGUGAGACGAGUGACUUUCAUCACGGUGCGUAAACAACUUCAAGGUUAUCCAUCUGUGUUUGUGCCAGUGCUGAUGCGGAGGCGCUGAUAUGGCUGCGAUGGCAGAGGGUGGCGCGGUAGUGCGUCAAGGCCACCUUCGGAAGUUAAAAACGAUGAAGAAGAAGUACUUCGUGCUCCGAGCGGAGACUUCGGAAAGUUCAGCCAGGCUGGAGUACUAUGAGUCUGAGAAGAAAUUUCGUUCUGGGGCAGCACCUCGUCGAGUGCUGCCUCUAAAAAGUUGUUAUAACAUAACCAGGAGGUUGGACCUGAAACAGAAGCAUGUGAUAGCAUUAUUCACUAAAGAGGAGCAGUUGUGCAUAGUGGCUGAAAACGAAGUUGAUCUUCAUGCUUGGCUUACUGCUAUUCUGAAGCAGUUUAGGUCAGAAGAUGCCAGUGAGGAGCUAUUGCAUCCCAUCCAACAUGUAUGGCAAGUUAAUGUACAGAAGAAAGGUUUGGGUGCGUCGAAGAACAUUCAGGGUCUUUACAACCUCUGCCUCACCGACAAGACGCUCACACUCGUCAAGAUCAAGAGUCAGAAUAACGUGAUCAGUAAUCUUGACAUACCGGAGCGGGUCGAAUAUUCCUUGAAGAAUAUAAGAAGGUGCGGCGAUUCCGAGUGUUUCUUCUACAUGGAGGUCGGCCGGCAGACGGCGACGGGAGCGGGCGAGCUGUGGAUGCAUUCAGACGACUCGAACAUCGCCCAGAGCAUGCACUCUACAAUAUACCACGCUAUGAGAAAUUGCGCGAAGGAAACAGAAAACGAAAAGGACCACAUCGUAGUGCCCGCUAAGAACUCGUUGCUAAUGGAGGGAUCGCAUCCGCUUCCUGCGAGGCGGCAGACGUACUCCGACGGGCGCGGCCGGGCGGGGAUUUACAAUGCCGAAAACCAACCGCCGAAUAACACACUAACGACUGACAAACUCAUCGAUCAUCCAGUGAGGCUCAAAAAACACAACCGUACCGACUCGUUGCCCACCGGAUGUUCGUUAUUCCAAGAACCGCUCAAGAUCGGUCACACGAGGACAUGGUCCACCCCCUUAACCGGAGACGAAUUAGAUAGAGCGAUUUUAGAGAAAUCGUUGAUUCAUUCGUCGUGUAAAACAGUCAACGGAAAGGACAUAUUCCCUACGAAGAAGUCGUCGGGCUGCAGACGAGCGAGCACUGGUCAAAGGUUUCCGAAACUGUCGCCGGCGCAUACGAAGAAUUCGAGUGCGUUGCGAAAGCGUUGUGAAACGAUGCCUUCUCGUGCGAGCUCGUCCUACGAACCCGAGCGACUGCCGCCGCGCGAUACAGAUCUUGACGGUUUGGACUCAUCGCGCGACGACAUCGACUCGAUAUCGGACUGGUACCGGACCCCGAGGAUACCCGAGGAGCCGGAUUGUUGCGACAUUAUGUCGAAGGAUUUCAUGAGCAUGACAACGCGCGGCAGCUCCAUAGCGCACUCGCGGACGUCGUCGAUGGGCGCCGACGAGCCAGACGUCGCCGAGGCCACCUUCCCCGACGGGUACCUGCCCAUGGCGCCCGGCCACGAGCCUCUGGGCCUCGUCUCCUCCAGUGGGUCCGUCUGCAGCGGAACGCCCUCCACCGAUCCUAGGUUUAGCGAAUAUCAACUGGAACCGGCCACGGCACACAUCUCCGCGGAGCGCUCCACGCGCGCCUACAGCGUGGGGUCGCGACCGGCGUCGUCGCGGCCCGAGCCCGCCCGCCUGCGCGCCUACAGCGCCGGCGCCCGCCGCCCCCCCGCGCACCACGCGCACGCCGCGCACAACCACGCGCACCACGCGCACCACGCGCACCUCGCGCACCACCACCCGCGCGCCUCGGCCGACGACCUCAUGGAGCUCGACUUCUCCACCAACUCGCCGGCGCCCAAGUGGCCCUCGCAGGUGAUCGUGGCUCGGACGCCGCCCGGCGCCGGCUUCAUGGAAUCGCGGCGCAGCAACGUGGACGAGUACGUGGACAUGUCCCCGCGCAACGCAGGCUACGUGGAGAUGCGGCCCGGCGAGCGGGUGGGCGAGCGGGCGGGCGAGCGGGCGGGCGAGCGCGGCGGCGAGCCGGCCCCGCCCGCCACGCCCGACGGCUACGUGGAGAUGAGCUACGGGCGCGCGCCCACGCGGCCCAUCGCCAUCGCCGCGCCGCGCCAGCCGCCGCGCGCGCCCGCCGCGUCGCCCGCCGCCGCGUCGCCCGACGACCGGCGCCGCCGCCGCGAGCCGCGCACGCCGCUCGGCUCGCAGACGCUGUUCCACAUGUCCAUGGAGUCGCCCUCGUCGCCGCCCGAGUCGGACGUGGCCGAGCUGGAGGACGACCACCACUACCUGAGCACGGUGCGCGAGAUCUCGGAGGACGGGCGCCGCAGCCCCGAGGCGCGCCCGGCCGACGCCGGCGAGGUGUCGUCGUCGCCGCAGUACGUGCAGCUGGCCGGCCCGGAGCCGGACGAGCCGCCCGCCAACCCCACCGCCGCCAAGACCAUCGUGCGCCCGGAUGACGUCAGAGCGGGCGUGCACUACGCGGCGCUGGACCUGGAGCCGCGCCGCGCGCCCGCCGCGCCCGCGCCGCGCCUCUACACGCAGAUCGACUUCCUGCGCAGCGAGAAGUACGCCGCCGACGCCACCUAGCGCACGCGCGAUCACCGAAGGCCGCCCUCGCGUCGAGGCAUCUCGUCGUGGACUCGUCUCGUCUCGUCCCGUCUCAUCUCGUCUCUGUGUUCUCUUUCAAUUCAAUUUGUACAAAUUUUAAACUAAAUCGAAAGACGGUAAUGAAAUACUGGUAUCUUUUAUAUUUCAUUAAAAUUAAUGCGAAUAUUUAUAUAUAUUUCGCUUACGUUUUUUUUUUAUUCGGGCUCGCAGUUACCUGUUUAUAUUUUGUAUGAAUUGAUAUGAAACAAUGUGAACAGAAUCAAGCGUGCGUUAUCGGUAAUAUAAGUGGUAUUAUUAAGUUUCUUUCUACAAAAUUUUAUAUAUUUAUAUAUUAAAUAAGGCUGAUCAUCCUAUUCGAGCACAAGGCAGAAAAGAUGUUUUUUUUUUAACACUUGUCGUUGAAAAUGAACACAAAUGUAAUUAGUGUAAUUAUAUAUUAUUUUAUCGCGCUAGUGUGUGCUUGGACGACCAGCCUCGAGUAUAUUUUUUAAAUAAUAAGCUUUCUCUUUAUACGACUUCUAAUUAGUAGUCCCUUACGACGUUAUGAUUGCACUGUUAUGCCAAAUUAUUAUUAGUAUGUUAAUUAAAUAACUCGUAUUAGAAACUCUUACUACUUCGAUUACAUUCAUUAUGAAAAAUUUUAAUAAAAUUAAAAGUUUGACGAAUCAAUAAUUAAAUAUUUAUACUCCUUGGCCGCAAUAAGGAUCACGCCACACAUCGGAUAAUUGUUAGAACGUUUAGGCGCAAUACUCGAGGAAAUAAAAUCGGAAAUCAUACAUAACUAUAACGUACGCAAUAGCGUUCAAAUGAUUAUAUGUUCUAUUGCAUUAAAAUAAGAUCCAUGAUUCUCUAAUAGGUUGACGCGAGUGAUCACUCAGCCGAGGCGCUUAACUUAAAUAUUAACUGCCAUUAAAUAUAGAAAGCGUAUGAUCGUACAAUUUGUCCUAAAUUUAUCUAAAGUGGUAUAUUUUUUAGUAAUUAUAAAUAACUCUUAUUUACCGUUAUCGGCAUUGUGUGAUUUGCCUUUUUUGUAUUUUUCUUAAUCACGAACUACUAAGGGCUUGGAACCAUUGCCCGAUGGAGCCCCUAUUAAACAUACACCUAUACAUAUGUAAUGAUUCAUUAGAUAAUAAUAAUAAUUUAAAAAAUAAGUUAAGUCCGAAUUAAUUUUAAUAAUUUAAUCCAGUUGAAGUAAGUACUGUGUAAUUUCUCAGUACUUUUAUGGUAUUGAUUAGAUAUGAUAUGAUUUAAAAAAAAUUCAAUGGCUUGCAGUUAAAAGGGAA